AUGAGUAGAGCUGGUCGUAUUAGUCUACCUUCUCAGAUUAUAGAGCAGAUCGAGGCAAAAAAUGCAAACGGAGAAUACAACACCAAAGAGGAUAGUCGAUUCGAUAGUGUCCAAACCACCACAAACGGACGCAAAAGAAAAGCACCUAAGGCAGUAUCGCGAAAGGACAAGAGAAAAGAGGAAAGGUUGAAGAAGAAGCAAAAGCAAUACAAUAAUCACACGAGGAAAACAGUACCGGUUUCGAAUGGAAAAGGAACCUCAAUUCUGAAACCUAGUAAGAAAGACAAUGACAGCAAAGAUAGCGACGAGGAAGCUGACAAGGAAGCUGACGAGGAGGAUGAAGAUCCAUUGGAGCAACUCCGAAAAAUAAAAGCUGCGAAAUCAGCUGAAGGGGCCAAAAAUGCAAAAGCUUUAAAAGCUUCACAUGCUACUAAACGUCAGGAGGUGGAAAAUGUUCAUGACCCCUUGGAACAGCUCCGUAAGAUCAAAGCUGCAAAAAUUAAAAAAAUAGAGGAUGACCCUAUGGAACAGCUUCGUAUACUAAAGGAAAUGAAGAAUGGGAAACGUGUAUCAACUUCAAAUGACAUCAAGAUUGUCAAAGAAUCUGAAUUGAAUGAUGAUGAAAUCAGUGAAGGGGAAUUCGAUGUUGAUGACCUGAUGGAGGAAGAUCAAGACUUGGAUUUGAAUUUGGAAGACGAAAAUUUUGCAGAAGAAGAGGAAGAAGAAGAAGAAGAAGAUCCGCUUGAGCAACUACGAAAACUCAAGGAAGCAAAGGGAAAAUCCGGAAAAUCCAAAUCUAAUGAAAUUAGAAUUGUCAAGGAGGACGAUUUAUUGGAUGAGGAUGAUGACAUCUCCGAUGACUUGGCUGGAGAAAGUGAUUCUUUGGAGACCACUACUACAAAACAGCCGCGACUGCAAAAACAAAAGACCAAGAAUAGCUCAUCCAGUUCUAGUGAAUCGGAAGGCGAAUUUGAAGGGUUUAGUGAUUCUGAUGUCAAGAAAGAUCAAGUAAAACGAAAGAAUAAAAAAUCAAUUUUGAAAUCGUCACUGGGAUUUAAAAUUACUCAGCCGGAAAUUGUCAGUAAUCUUGGUGGUGAUAAGAUUGAUGAUGACUUGACAUACUACGCAAAAAAAUUAGGUCUUAAAAACGGGAAAAACUCUAAAUUGAUAAAAGAGGACGACGAUGACAUGAUUGGUGGAAUUUUGGAUGGGUUGGAUUUAGAUUUUGAUGAUCCUGAAUCUUCUGACGAAGACAAGUAUGAAGAUGAUUCUCAGUCACCUGGUCGCCCAAACUUACCAUCAGAAUCAUCAUUACAACCACCACCACGACCACCAACUACCGCACUUGAUGACGACUUGGAUUAUUAUGCGAAGAAACUAGGUAUCAGUAAGAGAGAUAAAUUACCCAAGUCGGAAUUUGACGAUGGUUUGGAAGAUCUCUUGGAAGGUUUGGAGUUUGAUAGUGGUUCUCGAGAUGAUAAUAACGACAUGAACAGUAACGUUGAUAAUGAUGAUGUUUCUGAUUUUGAUGAUAGCGAUGCAAGCAAUGCCACAUUUUCAUCAGACGACAAUGACGAUUUUGAACAUGAAAGAGAAAACCCAUAUUUGCCUCCAAGUGCAAAUGAUGGAGACCUGGAUGAAAAUGAAACUAUGACUGAAAACUCUGGGGAUACACAAAGAUAUAUUCCUCCAGCUUUACGAAGGAGGAUGGCCAUGGAAGCAGCAUCGUCAUCUUCCGAGACACUGGCUGAAGAAGCUACUAUUAAAAGGCUGGUAAAGGGUUCAUUGAACAAGCUUUCAGAAGCAAAUAUCACUUCUAUUAUCAAUGAAAUAAAUGCAUUAUAUAUGACACAUCCGAGACAGAUUUUGAAUGAAGCGAUUGUGAGUAUAGUUUUGGAAAGCAUAAUUCAACAAGGCCGUCUUCUUGAGUCUUUUGUGUACUUGCAUGCAGCUCUCGUUGUCGCUCUUUACAAAUUACAAGGAGUUGAGUUUGGUGCAUUUUUUAUUCAAAAGUUAAUUGAAUCAUUUAAAUCACAUCACACGAAUCAGGACUCUAAGGAAGCGUCGAACUUGAUUUCACUCUUGUCAUCAGUUUUUCUGCUUCAUUUGGUUUCUUCAAAGUUGAUAUACGAUAUCGUGAGGCUAUUAAUAAGUAAUUUGAAUGAACGAAAUGCCGAUUUGCUUUUGAGAUUGGUGCAAAAUUCGGGUAAUCAAAUGAGAUCAGAAAGUCCUUCAUCAUUAAAGCAAAUAAUUACUUUGCUUAAUGAAAAGUAUGCAUCGUUACCAAGCAGUUCUAGAAAUACAAGGGUUCAAUUUCUUGUCGAAACAAUCUCGUCAUUAAAAAAUAAUAAACUAAAGAUUUUGAAUGAAGCAAAUUACCAACAAAUCGUACGUUUGAGAAAAGUUUUGAGUGCAAUAGGAGGCAAAUCUGGUGGUAAUGAUGCAAUCCAAGUUUCAUUAGAAGACAUUGAAAGUAUCGAUACGAGAGGAAAGUGGUGGCUUGUUGGAUCUGCAUGGAAGGGCCAUGACUCUGAAACGAAUGAUCAAUCGGGUCUGGGAUUAGUUAACGAAUCAGCCGUAAAAGAUGUAUUGGAUGCAUCUGAGCCAAACUGGAUGGAACUUGCCAAGUCACAAAGAAUGAAUACUGCUAUUCGUCGUGCCAUCUUUAUAUCUAUUGUUUCGGCAACUGAUUUUAUGGACGCACGGACCAAGUUGGAUAAGCUAGCCUUGAAAAAAGCACAAGAGCGUGAUAUACCAAAAGUCUUGGUUCAUUGUACUACAAUGGAAACCGCUUACAAUCCAUACUAUGCACUUUUGGCCAACAAUCUUUGCGAGUCGCAUUCGUUUAGAAAGACUUUCCAAUUCAUAUUGUGGGAUGUAGUCAAAGGACUCGAUAGACAAGAUGAUCGCAGCGGUGGUAAUUAUAAUAAUGGUGAUGACGACGACGGAGAGAAUGAGGAUAUAAACUUUAUGGAUUUGAAUGAAGUUGAUGAAGAGACUAGACUCAAAAAGGUUCUUAAUUUGGGAAGAUUUUUUGGAUACUUGAUUGCAGAAAAUGCAAUUCCAUUGCACAGUCUAAAAACCGUAAACUUUUUGUCGUCGUCUUCUAAUUCCAUCAUUUUUGUUGAAGCAUUGUUAGUAAAAUUCUUGGAUGUGGUGGGGAAAAAAUCAAAGAAAAAGAAUGCAAGCGCAAACUUUGGUUCCUUAAACGACAAGAAUGACCUUGACUUGCUUUUUGAUGAUAAAUUACUAGUUGAGCGAGUAGUCAAGGCCAAAGAUGAAACAACAUUAUUACGAGGUUUGCAAUAUUUUUUGCAGGAGAGAGUAAAAAAUAGCGGCAUGGUUACAACUAAGAAACAAGAAAUGAGGGUUUCGUGGGGGGUUGACGCCAUGUUUGAUGUCAUUGAUGAGCUAUUAAAGAAUGUUGAGGUGUAG